AUGGAUCUUAAAGGAGAUUUCUUCACCUGGACUAACAAAAGAGCUGGUAAUAAUCUUAUUCAGGUUAGACUUGAUCGGGCUUUGGUUCCAAAUGUUUGGGUUUGUAAUUACUUGUGUUCUCUAUAUGCUCUAUCUAGAAUUGGCUCUGAUCAUUACCCUAUAAGUUAUUUUGUUGAAUCAGUGUUUAGGAAAAGGAAAUUUCCCUUUAGGUUUGAAAAAAUGUGGCUUUCACAUCCCUUUCUUUAUGAUAAUAUCAAGAAGUGGUGGAAUAUUAGUAUCAAUGGUUCUACCAUGUUUAGAGUGGCAAAGAAGUUUGUGGAGGUUAAGAGUAAUAUCAGAAAGUGGAAUAAGGAGUCCUUUGGGAAUAUUUUUGUUAACAAGGCUACUAUCCAAUUGGAUUUGAAGGAAAUUAAAGACAAAAUUCAAGUGAAAGGCUAUCUGGAUGACCACCUAGCAAGAGAAAAUGAGAUUCUGUCAAAAUUACAUGAUAUUAAUUCAAAGGAAGAGGAGUUUUGGAAGCAGAGGUUGACAGCUACUUGGCUAGUUGCUGGUGACAGGAAUAUGAAAUUCUUCCACCUCUCAACCAUGAAACACGAGGCCUCUAAUAGGAUCAACCAUAUUAUCAGGGAUGGCAUUUUGUUUGAUUUUGAGGCUAAUAUCAGUUGUGAGGCGGUUUGCUAUUUUAGUGGACUCUUAUCAGAUGACAUGAGGUUAAGACCAGAGGCUCAAUAG